CGGGAGUUGCUGUGCGCGGCUGGCGCCCUCGGAACCGCGCACGGCACGGUGGGGUCUCAGCCGCAGGCCGCGCACAGACGACCGGACACUCGGACAGACAUGGUGACAUGGUGUGCUCCCCGGGCGACGGGACCGGGAUCACUCCCGCGGGCGGACCCGGCGAGGAACCCGGAGUCCCCACGCCGUCGGGAAGCAGGCGGGGGCGGUCAGACCGUGCUGUCUCUUUAAGACCGUGUUCCUGCUGACACAGAAGGUGAGGAACCCGGCCCCAGCUCUCCAGUGAGCCUGAGCAAGGCCAAGUUCCAAAGGGAGGAGAGGCCCCCGCCUGGCGUCAGCACCUACUCGGCUUAGUCCUUCAUGAUCUCGAUGCAGAGGCCUCCAUGGCUGUGAUAAGCCUUCUGUUCUUGGCAGUGAUGUAUGUUGUUCACCACCCCUUGAUGGUCAGUGACCGGAUGGACCUGGACACGCUAGCCAGAAGUCGGCAGCUGGAGAAGCGGAUGAGCGAGGAGAUGCGCCAGUUAGAGAUAGAGUUUGAACAGCGAAAGCGAGCAUCUGAGCAGAAACAGAAGGCAGAGAACCUGUGGAGAGGAGAUGCGUCCAGCGACCAGUUAGUGCUGGGGAGGAAGGACAUGGGGUGGCCGUUCCAGGCAGAGGGCCAGGAGGGGCCGCUGGGCUGGCUGCUGGGAAACCUGUGGAAUGCUGGCCUCUUUUGUGUUUUUCUCAUCUUCGAGCUCCUGCGACAGAACAUGCAGCAUGAGCCGGCCUUUGAUUCCAGCAGUGAGGAGGAAGAGGAGGAAGUCCAGAUGGUGCCUGUCACCUCCUACAACUGGCUUACUGACUUCCCUUCGCAGGAGGCACUGGACUCCUUCUACAAAUGUGACAUCCAGAAUGCCAUCCGUGACCUGCCCUGCACCUGUGAGUUCGUGGAGAGCUUUGUGGAUGACCUCCUUGAGGCCUGCCGGGUGCUCAGCCGCCGGGAGGCUCACCCACAGCUGGAGGACUGCCUGGGCAUCGGGGCUGCCUUUGAGAAAUGGGGAACCCUCCAUGAGACCCAGAAAUUUGAUAUCCUGGUGCCCAUUGUCCCGCCCCGGGGCGCGAUGUUUGUGCUAGAGAUGAGGGACCCGGCCCUAGGCAGCCGCUGUGGUAGUGUGUUGGUGGAGUCGGAAUGCGUGUGCAAGCGCGAGAAGCUUCUGGGGGAUGUGCUGUGUCUGGUGCACCACCACAGGGAUCACUCGGCCCUCUUGGGCAAGUGCAACAGCUCAAUCAAGGCAGCCCUCUGCACUGGCUCGCACCUGGAUGUGUGCAAGGCUAUACAGUGGUUCCGGAACAUGGUAGGCAAUGCCUGGGCCCUCGUGGCCCACAAGUAUGAUUUUCAGCUCAGCCUCCCACCGUCCACCACCUCCUGCGAGCUCCGGCUGGACUACCGCUCAGGUCGCUUCCUCUUAAUCCGCUUGGUCCUGGGGGUGCAACGGGAAGACACCUUGGUCUACCUGGUGAGUCAGGCCCCUGACCAGGAGCAGCUCACCAGUGUGGACUGGCCCGAGUCCUUUGCAGCCUGUGAGCACUUGUUUCUGAAGCUGGUAGGGCGUUUCGCUCCAGAAAACAGCUGUCACCUUAAGUGUCUCCAGAUCAUUUUAAGUGUUCGGGACCUCCGGAGCUUACCCCAGGGAGCAUCCCAUCCCAUCCUCACCUCUUACCACUUCAAAACAGCCCUCAUGCACCUGCUGCUGCGGCUGCCCCUCACAGACUGGCAGCAUGACAUGCUCUCCCAGCGGCUCCAGGAUAUCCUCUGGUUCUUGGGCCAUGGCCUCCAGCAAAGGUCCCUCCAUCAUUUCCUCAUUGGUAACAGCUUCCUGCCCCUGACCAUCCCGAUCCCUAAGACGUUUCGGAAUGCCACGCCUGUCAACCUCUUCCAACACCUGGUACUGAACCCCAUGGCACACUCACAGGCCGUGGGAGAGUUCCACAACCUCCUGACCCAAGUGAAAGCUCUGCCCUGUGGCCCAGGGGCCGGGGCAUAUUAAUAUGAAGGCCAUUAAAAAGGGAGAGAAGUAUUUCUAUUACUUCGGGCUGCAAAGGAUUUUAUUUUUCAGACACAUCGGUGGUGUAUGUGACCUUCACCUUGCGAGUUGGGGCUGUGAUAGAUUAUGACACUUUAAGGCAUGUGUGAAGUGGUCACGAAGAUGGAUGGGGUCCAGCCUGUGGGUCCUAGUCGAGGGUGGGUCUUCUGAGGUUUUCUCCUGACAGCUUUCAUCAUGACCCACAGAGAGCCCAGGGAAACGGAUGUUAUGGGAGGAUCUUGCUGCUAAAGAGUCGAGAACCCAAGGGGCCUGUGAAGUUGUUUUGUAUGUAUCAACACUGGAAGUGAAAGAGAACCAGAUGACACCUCCAUCCCAUCUCAUUCCUUCUUGUAUUUUAGGACCUAAUUUUUCAGACCUUCACUAUUUGAAGAUGGAACUAAGAUGUUCAUUUUCCAUUUUCUUAAUUCAGCCCAAUUUUCAUAUGACAGUACAGCUGUUUUUAUGCAUCUGGAAAAAAUUCCAAUAACACCCAAAUAAUUUAUUAGCAUUGAUUCACAAAUGUUAAGUCAGUAGUGACCCGUUCCAUAAUCGAGAUAACAUAUCUGCUAAAACUAGCCAACAUCUGAUGACCUUCUCUGAGUCUGGAAGCAACAUUAUAAAACCCUUAACAAGGACGAUUUGGUGGGGGGGGCUCUGAGAUGAGCAAUUGUUGUUUCUGGGGGAAGCCACUUGUUAAAUGGAAAGAAGGUUUAGCUACCUUGCGUAGCUGCGCUUCUUCUCAGUCUGGUAAUGCCUUUGUAUUCUCUUUUCAAAGAUGACAGAGGGAUUAUUUGAACUAUGUUUGCGGUUUUGCAAGGCGAGGUUAUCACAAUCGGGACCACUGGCAGGGCUGGACAGGAAGGGACUGCAAAGCAGUCCAGCGCGAGCAAAGUCGUGAUUUGGAGGCGUGGUUGGUGUGUUUUUCCAUUGUUUAAAACCCUGGGCAUCCUGAGGAGUGUUAAGAAAUGUGACUACAGUUGUGGGUGUGGUUGUUUGGGAAAUCCAAUGCUGUUCCUACCUCACAUGCCAGGAAGAUCUGCUGGCCCUACAUUUAACUUGACCUCAGCGGGGGUUAGAUGCUGGCCUUAUGGGCUUUGGUUGGAGAAUCCACACCCUCCCCCCAGCAAAAAUAAAUUACAAGUGUCUGAGAAGCUGAUGCCAGUCAUUAUAGGGGCUUCCAAUGCACAGUAGCUCCCAUGUUGUCUGCUGGUUUCUGCCGAUGCUGCUUUCAAGUUUAGAUGCAAUGAUUGUUGGUUCUAUGCUGGUGGGAUUUCGGUGUUUUAUAAACAUUCAUAUGCUUUUUGUUUAGAAAAAAUUUGCUGUUGUUUUCGUUCUAAAUCAAUAAAAGAGGCUCAUUUCUGUA